GAGACUAAACGGCGUAUAAAUCCGCUAUUUGAGUUUUCAAGAGCGUCAUUUCAGAUAUCAUGGCGGCUUCGCUUGCGAAGAAAUGCGCAUCACCGGCAAUUCUCAAAACUCUUUCAGCUCCUCAGUUGAGGAUGCAAUGUGGGUAUCACAAAAAGGUUGUGGAUCAUUAUGAGAACCCAAGAAAUGUUGGUUCUUUGGAUAAAAAUGCCAAGAAUGUGGGCACAGGGUUGGUUGGUGCCCCUGCUUGUGGAGAUGUGAUGAAACUGCAGAUCGAGGUGGAUGAGGCUGGGAAGAUUGUAGAUGCCAAGUUUAAAACCUUUGGCUGUGGCUCUGCUAUUGCUUCAAGUUCCUUGGCCACUGAGUGGGUGAAAGGCAAAUCUAUUGAUGAAGCCCUCAAGAUAAAAAACACUGAGAUUGCUAAGGAGCUUAGCCUUCCACCAGUCUGGUGCUUCACGACCAAAAGGGGUUUCAGGUCUGUUCUGAUUGGGUCGUGGGGAGCAGGGAAAUAACAGUGCUAAAUAGGG